CCACGUUUGCAAUUUCCCCUUGCUCCUCGAAGAAAAAAACGCAACCAAUUUCCCGAACUUCCCCCUCGCCGCGCGCAUUUACGCAGCCAAAGCACUCCGAUUUCAUGAUACUUUUUUUAUCUUUUCAGGAUUCUGCCAGAAUUUGUCUUUUCCCGUUCGCUGGCUCCCGACAGCUCUGAAAUACGGCCUCCGUCCUUCUUCCUUACGCCGCCAUGAGACUCUUCCCGCCCGAGUCUCUCUGAACAGGUGGUUCCGAAUCUUUCCGAUCACUCGCGCGCGCGCGCGAGAGAGAGUGAGUCUCUGCAGCGCGCCGGAUUCUUGCCCUUCGCCGGCGUUCUUUAGGUAGAAGUGUUAGGUCUUGAACCAUGGCCUCGCUCGCGCCGUCCAACUCGAUUCUCGCUGGCCGUUCGCGCUUCUGCGACGCGUCGCCGAUUGAGGCGGCGUCUCACUGCCCCCUCACUUCUAGAAAUUCUGGCUCGGCCCGUAUCGAUAUCGGGAAGUCGGUUCUGCGCUCCGGGGGAGUGGCUCGGUAUGCGCCGAUGUGCAAACUAGCUGAAUCACUACACUUCAACAAUGGCACACCGAGAGUUCCGGUUUUUAGUGAACAGACCGUACCUGGUCUAUUUGUGUCUAGAAAUACAGAGGAGCUGGUUCCUAGGAGUGAUACAAAGUUGCGCAUUUUCUCUGGCACGGCAAACCCAUUACUUGCUCAGGAAAUUGCUUGCUACAUGGGCUUGGAACUCGGAAAAAUAAAAAUAAAGCGAUUUGCUGAUGGAGAGAUUUAUGUUCAAUUGCAAGAGAGUGUCAGAGGGUGUGAUGUGUUCCUUGUCCAACCGACCUGCCCUCCAGCAAAUGAGAAUCUUAUGGAGCUGUUGAUUAUGAUAGAUGCAUGUCGAAGAGCAUCUGCUAAGAACAUCACUGCUGUUAUUCCAUAUUUUGGAUAUGCUAGAGCAGAUAGAAAGACUCAGGGCCGUGAGUCAAUUGCUGCCAAGCUUGUCGCCAAUUUGAUCACAGAGGCUGGUGCAAAUCGUGUUCUAGCUUGUGAUCUUCAUUCUGGUCAGUCAAUGGGGUAUUUUGAUAUCCCAGUGGAUCACGUGUAUGGGCAGCCGGUUAUUCUAGAUUACUUGGCUAGUAAGGCUAUCUCUUCUAGUGACUUGGUGGUUGUCUCACCUGAUGUUGGAGGUGUUGCUCGGGCACGUGCUUUUGCUAAAAAACUAUCUGAUGCUCCUCUAGCCAUUGUUGAUAAAAGGCGUCAUGCUCAUAAUGUUGCUGAGGUCAUGAAUUUGAUAGGAGAUGUUAGGGGAAAGGUAGCUGUUAUGGUGGAUGACAUGAUUGAUACUGCAGGGACUAUAGCAAAAGGUGCAGAACUUUUGCACCAAGAGGGUGCGAGGGAAGUUUAUGCAUGCAGCACUCAUGCUGUGUUCAGUCCUCCUGCGAUUGAGAGAUUAUCGGGUGGCUUAUUUCAAGAAGUGGUCAUUACAAACACUAUUCCCGUGAUGGAGAAAAAUUACUUCCCACAGCUGACUGUUCUUUCCGUUGCAAACCUUCUGGGGGAGACCAUUUGGCGAGUUCACGAUGACUGCUCUGGUGGCCUUGAACCCUUUUCCAGCCUGGGAAUUGAUUGAAUCUCUUCGAAGAUGGCAAUUAUAUAGAUGUUUGGGUCUAUCUUCACAUCUUGUCACUGCUUUACUUUCGAUUUUACAAAUUUUGGCAAACAAAGAGUCGUCUCCACAAGCUCACAGAUUACUUUCUGAUGUCUAUACAACAUCAGUUGGAAAUUUUAGUACGUACUGUACAAGUUCAAUUGGAUCCUGGACAUGUUUCUGACAUGCCUUAAUAUUCUGUACAAAUGUGAAAUUAGCACUACUGAAAUUGCAAAUGUUGUAAACUUCAUGUAACUACACAUGAAGAGGUGAUUGAUACUAACGCACAAUCACAAUUCAGGUUUCUAGCCUGAUAUUUUGGUACACAGUGUGAGAGGAGAAUAUUGUAUAGUUGCAUGGUCGGGGCACUGCCAUUCACAAGCGAUAAUUGUUAAUGUACCAUAAUGUAGCCUGA